AUGGCCUCCACGAUUAACAAAGUAAAGCAUCUGGUCUGGUAUAUGGUGCUAGCAACGGUUAUUGUGCUAAUAUCGGCUUCAAAUCGUCCACAAACUAUGGUAAAGAUGAUCGUCGCUUCGCAGCAUGCACCUAGUAACGCGCGGGAGAAACGACAAUUGAAGCAAAAGUCUUCUACGACGGAGGAAAUUCAAGGCGACGAAGAAAGAGCGGGCCGUGAAUUUGAUUUAAAUCUCCCGGCCUCUGAAUUUGAUGUCGAUGCGCCGACUUUGAAUUUUGGAAUAAAUUCCUUGACCUCCGAAGAUAUAAUCGGAGCAUCGAUCACUGACAAGAAGCUUGAGGACCUUGAAAGUUUCGAGAAAACGGAAAAUUUAAGAAGGAUCUGCUGGAGUGGACCGCCUCUCUGGGACAAAGGGACACGACUGGGCAUCUUGAAGCUGCAUACGCCUGGCUUUCACUACUUCUUACUCAUCACAGUAAAGAAGAGUUGUUCAGACUGCUAG